UACAGGGCGAAAUGCGAAUGCGACUGCACCAAAGGGCAUGCUGCUAGAGAUAUUUGUUCGGUUGAACACCUGAUUUAGUGGUUGCUCGAGCUGUGAAGAAAACAGCUGCAACGGAGGGUAGUCGCAUUGUGACCAUCGCUAACUUGUGGAGAGGCGACGGGCGGACUUGAUCCAAGAAGUGAAAAAGGUCCACCAUGUCAGCACCGAGCCCCUCAAACAACGCAGCGUUCGCUAACUAUGGCUACUCUCCUCAAGUCCAGCAGACGUUUCGACAGUCAGGACCCCCAGGAUUUGCCAACACCCCGGCUGCUUCCGGUUCAACGCCAUUGACUCAUGAAGCACAGCAGGCGCAAUGGCAUGCUCAAUGGCAGCAAUACUACGCGCAACAAGCUGCUAUGCAGCAACAGCAGCAGUCUGUCACUGUCCAGCAGCAGCCGCAGCAGCAGCAAAAACAAAUGGCUGGCUUGCUGCAAGCUCAGUUACCACCACAGCAGGCGGCUUUUCAGGCGCAAGGAGUUGGGGCCUUCAAUCCACAACAGGCACAGAUGCUGCAGCAGAAUAUGCUCGCUGCACACCAAGGCCAGUUCAAUUUCCAGCAAAUGCAGCCUGGAUUAGUGGGAAUGCAACAGCAACAGCAAGGCCAAAUGCACCCACAGCAAGCGCAACAGAUGUUCUCGCAGGGGCAAGGCGGUAGGCAAGGAGGUCUCAUGAACAAGCGCCAAAAGACAGGUCAGGCAGGCACGUCAGGUCAGCCGCAGCAACAGCAGCCUUUUUCGCAAAUGAAUAGAGGCGGAAUGCAUGCGAAUUCCAAAGGCCUGAACGCCUCUAACAAUGCCAGCAAUAGCUUUAUCGGCCCUGUGCCCCCGAUGCCGCAAGCUGGCCCCGCGCAGAUGCAACAUGCCCUGCCGAACAAGCCGCAAGGUGCGAUGGGAAUGGGCAUGCGCGGUGGUCUGUCGCCACAAGGUGGAAGCUUGCGAGGCAACGGUCUCAUGCGUGGUGGUAUGAGUCCCAUCGCCGGUGGCAUGGGCCGAGGAGCGAGCCGUGCGACCAGCGGCGCAGGUCUCGGACUUGCUGGAGCUCCGUCUGGGCCCUCGGGUCGCGGUGCGAAUGGUCAGCUCAUGAAUAACAACAUGAUAAUGAAUUCGGGCAGGAUGAUGCAGGCCAAUCAGCAGCCCAUAGGCAGAGGGGCUCCCGGUGCACCGUCCGGUCCGUCUGGUUCUGGUCGCCCGCCAAACGCACCCAAAGGGCCAUUAGGCUCGGGAAACUCCAAUCACAACCAUCACACUCAAGGCUCCAACUCGCCCAUCGCUCACGCGCCCUCUGGCCCUUCUAACCCAGGCCCGGGAAAGGCGGCUCAGUCAAUGCUGCACGGCGUUGUGCCCCCUGCCGGUCCUGCCGCAACCACUGCCGGCGGCGGAGGUAGUAGAGGCCAGGCCGGAAAAGCUGCGCGACAGCAGCAGGGAGCUCUGCCGUCGCAGAGAGGGAACCGCACCGCGCAGCUUCCCCAAUCUGCACUUUUCGGCGCGAGAGGCAACCUCGGUGUCGGCGGAGGAUUGAAUGGCUCAGCAGCUGCAACAGUGAAUGGUGGUCCGGGAAGCUCGGCAGGCUCGAUAUCAUCUGCGCAGUCACAUGAGGCAAAGAAGAUGCAUUCCGAUUUCAAGAUUGCCGGCAUUAAGAUUGACUCAAUCGGCUGGGAGUGGAGCCUGUUGGAAGAGAUCGAGGGCGAAGCACGCAGGUUGGCGGAGGAAAAGGAGGCGCAGGAGCAGGCGCAAUCUGCUGCUGCUGCUGCUGUAGAAGAGGGAGCCGAGAUGCAGGCGGAAGCAGAUGCCGAGCCGAAGGCAGAAGAAGCAGAGACGAGCCCAGAUGUUGCAGGUGCGAAACCAGACUCAAAGGCGGACAAUGCUGAGACGACCGUGCAUGGAAUGAGCCAAAACGUGGCCAAGAAGGAAGAAGAGACGAGUACUACUUGCAACUCGCUUGAAGCAGACAACGCCAACACGCUGGCGGACCACGAAAUGAAGCCAAAGCCGGAAGAGGUAAAGACAGAGGAGGACGCAGAAACUUUGGUCGCCGUGCCUGCGGCCCCCAAGGGUCCGCGCGGCGCCAAAAGGAACGCAGAUGGCAAUGUCAAGGCGGAUGCAGAAUUUCGAGCCGAAUCGUCUAAGCUACGCUUGCAAUUUGCCGUGCCGCAAGGCGGGGGACCUCCCGGCGCGCCUACUGGCCCCAAAAAGCAAGCGAGAGUCAAUGGCGAGUCGGGGACUGUUACUGCGGCCAAGGCCACCAAGGAUAAGGGGUUGGAGGAUGGAGCCGGCGAAGACACCGCUGAAGACGCUACGACUGACGGUGAUGUCGAAGGUGCGGAUGGCACGUGGACCCCUUGGAGUCGUGGUCCACCGCAGAUCGCUUCGAACCGCAUCGUCAUCACGUACGCGCGCGGCGUGAACAGGCUGAGCAUCGAUGUGGACAGCAUCAAGAAGGCCACAGUGCAUAAGGCGGAGAGGACUAUCGAGAUUGUUGUUAGCGUCCAACUGGGCACCCAAGCGACCGCUGCCUUGGACGAGUCGAGCGUGGUGAGGAGCAAGGGCGCCGAUCGCGUGGAGCAGGAGUGGGUGGUGUGUAAAGGGCUGCAGGUGGAGAAGCGCGAAGGUGGCUCGGACAAGGGUAUUUAUCAGGCGGUGCCUCGUAUUGCUCUGCACAGAGCAUGGGACGGCGAGAUGGCGAGCUUUGGUCGAGAGCCUGGAAAUGCCUUGCCAGCUGAGGGGGUAGACCACACACUUCCGCCUCUCUUUCGUCUUCUACCCGAGACGUCGGGGGAGCCGCCCACCGUUGGCGAGGAGCUUCGGAUUCUCGUUCAGCUCGAUCGAUUGCAACCUCUUCCGAACGAGCCGUGGCUACGCACAGGGAAUAUCAAAACCUUGCUGGCGAAAAUGCAGAGCUACAGCAAGCGGCCACAGGAGCAUCCCUGGUUCGGCAAACUGGAGGUUGCGGAUCCCGAUCCGCCUCCUGGACUGAAGGAUCAUCUCAUGGAAUGGGCCAAUUUGCACAACAAGACCACGAGCGGAUCGCCGAAAGACAGGAGGCGCUUCGUGAACGAGCAUCUGCACGGAUACAAGGUGUUGGUAGAGCUCUUCGUGAAGGCGAUCCGCAUCGAUGGUGGGGGUCACUUCGGAAACAGCGGGAACCUUUCCUCGGAUUUCGGGCAAUCGUUGGACAAUGCACGUUCUCGUUGGAUGAACUUCGGAUCAUCGGAUCGGCUUGGCCUGGCUCUCUUUGCUUUCUUCGACAUCGCCUCCGGGGAGAGAGAGAUAGACGAAGCUGAAGCUGCGCGACUCGCUGCCGGGCUUGAAAGUAUUCUGCUCGAUUUGCCGAUCCAUUUGCUGCAGAAGGGCGCGGACAGCUUGUGGAAAGAAUACUCGGAGCGCAAGCGACGCGAGGAAAAGCAGAAGGAACGUGAGGCGAAGCGGAAGGAAAAGGAGGAGAAAGCUGCUAGCGAGCGUAUCGAAAGUGAAACUCAAAAGAAGCCUGAGGUGGAACAGGAGCAUGGGGAACGAGAUGAGGUGUCCGACAGCACGAACGGAGCAGGCCCUGGGGCUAGAAAGGCAAUGAAGCGCAAGGCUGAAGAUCUCGACCUUGACGAAGCGCCUGAGAACUCAGUGGGCACUCCGGCUGAUGUUGGCGUGCCGUUACAAGCAGAGGCGCCAGUACAAACUGAGGACAGUGCGGAAGGUGGCGAGACUCCCGCGCCCGAAGGGCAGGAACAGAGACCUGUGGAGCGAGGUUCGAGGACGCCUGAGCCACCAAUCGCACCGUUGCCAUUGAUAACGGAAGACGAGGCGUGCCAAGACGGCGAAAACUUUGCUGCCGCAGGUAACCCUGGGGAUGCGUUGAUGGCGAAUCCCCAGCAAACCCAUGCGCACGAUGGCCGAGAGGACGGAAAUAGAGAAGUUGUCGGCGCGAAGACAAUGCCUGAUGCCGAUGAGGCGGCUGAGUAGCAGAAUAAUGGGGAAAGGCAUUGGCCACGUAAUUGCGCGCAUUCAUUCACGAUACAGAUUAUAGAAUGUGCACGUUGAUAUGAAGUCUUGUUUGCCGCUCAUUCAGCUUAUAUCUCGAUUCUGAUGGAAAGGAAGACUUAAAUGGAGUUUGCAGGCAGAACCGCAGUGCGCUGGGCAAGCUCGAGGUGAAGCAGCGCGAAUACGAGAUUCUCGCUUACUCGCCACAGGAGUAUCAGGAGAACAGGGUAACAUGUGCCAACGCCAAGGAAUUG